ACAGGCAACAGUUUUAGAUAUACACUACCAUCUUAACUUUAAACGAAGAAAAGUCAAAAUGAACCAGAGCUGCUCCUUUCUCCGAAACCACCUCAUUUUGCCGGAAUUUCGUGCAAGUCUGUGUACUCUGUACCUUAUUACCUCCCUAUCAGCCGUUUCUUUGAAUGUCUUAGUACUUUACACAAUGUGGAGGACUCCAAGCUUACACAAGCCUUCGUAUCUUCUUCUGGCUAAUCUUGCAUUGUCAGAUUUCAUGUAUGGUGCGAUUGGAGAACCGUUAAUAAUUCUGACACAUUUUACGUACUUGAAAAACUUGACUGCAAUCUAUUGCUCCGUAUCAGCAAGUGCUCAAGUUGUGGGAUACUGGCUGGGAUCUUCGUGUCUUUAUACGUUGACUUUAAUAAGCGUUGAUCGAUUGUUGGCCAUUAGACUGAAAAACAGAUAUCGAUCGUUUGUGACAUCUCGACGUAUCUGGAUGGUGACCGUCCCUUACUGGGUGGGGAUACUUGCCUUUUUGUUGGCUUUAUUUAUAGCAAAUGUCCCAUUUCUUGUGAUAAACAUCAUAUCUUCAUUAGUCCUUUCAGUGUUGUUAACGACUAUAAUCGUUUGUUAUUCCAUGGCGUUCUACACAUUGAAGAAGCUCACGUCUUCUGUAUCAUCGUCCAGUCAGCAACCAGACGAAGAAAGUACUAAUUUUGAUGUUUCAAAAUACCGAAGAUCCUUGAACACCAUGUUACUUGUCCUGAUGACAACUUUGCUAAUGUACUUUCCAUAUUUUGCUUCCGCCGUAACUUAUAGUAUCAAGAAUGGUGAAACAGUUGACCAAAACUCAUAUUCAGUGAUAUCAUACGAGAUGCUGUCGACGAGCGAGUUGAUUAUAGCAAUGAACUCCACAGUGAAUCCUCUGCUGUACUUGUGGCGUAUGCAAGAUAUUCGUGAAGCAGUAAAAAUAAUGGUCAAAAAAAUUUUAAGACGAAAAAAUCAGUCAGAUGAAGAGGAGCAAACUUAACUCUUUCCUAAUGACCAAUGAAACUGGUUUUCUUUUCUUUUCUUUUAUUUGUCCAUUUUUUCCAUUUCAUAUAGUUUUUUUAAAAUAUUGUUUCAAUUUUUCUCCUUUAAGUUGAAUGCAUAUUGUUCUACCUUUUUUGUGCAC